AUGUUCAGAAUCAAUAAAUCACUUGAUACCGAUUGUAAACCAACCGUUGAUACUUCAGAAAACGAAAGUGGAUCUAUUGUAAGGUCAGGAAAAACAUCUAAAGAUCGUCGUCCGUCCCCGGUUGUAAAUAAAACAGGAUGUGCGAGAACUGAAGGUUAUUAUAAAAUUCCACCCGAAGAAAAACGAAAAUAUGUAGAAUAUGGGAUAGCAGGUACACCCUAUGCAACAGCCGCGGCACCAGCACCUAGUCCUAGAGAAUCAAGAGCCAAACGACGUGAACUAAAAGCUAGAAUGGCAGAUGAUAAUUAUGGGUUUAAUCCAUUAAAAUCAAGGGAACGUGAACUUACAAUUGCCAAAUCUCCCAUUCAUCAUUAUGGAUUAUUUACAUUGGAAAAAAUUAAAUCUGGUGAAUUCAUAAUUGAAUAUACAGGAGAAUUGGUUAGGCAAUCCGUUGCUGAUUUGAGGGAACGAAAAUAUAGAGCUACAGGAAUUGAAGGUAGUUAUAUGUUUCGAGUUGGAGAUGAUACUAUAAUCGAUGCUACCCGAAUGGGAAAUAAUGCGAGAUUAAUAAAUCAUUCAUGUGAACCAAAUUGCAAUGCUAAAAUUCUUAACGUUAAAGGAGCCAAGAAGAUUGCCAUAUAUGCAAAACGGGAUAUUCAAAAGAAUGAGGAGAUUACUUAUGAUUAUAAGUUUCCAAUUGAUAAUUUUGAUAAGAUUCCUUGCCAUUGUGGAGCGUCGAAAUGUAGAGGAUUCCUGAAUUAA